UCUGUCUUUAUUGUUAUCUGAGAGAGAGAAAAAAGAGGAGAGAAUGGCAGAGAGUGCAGUAAGCUUUCUGAUCAACCAGCUGACACCGCUCCUUCUAGAAGAGGCCAAACUUCUGGGAGGAAUUAAGGAAGAUGUCGAGUGCAUCAGAAAUGAAUUGGAGGAGAUGAGAGCUUUCCUGAGGGUUGCUGAUGCAAAGGAAGAGCUUGACCCACAACUUCAAGUAUGGGUUAAGCAAGUGAGGGAAGUUGCUUAUGACACCGAAGAUGUCCUUGAUGAAUUCAUCCUUCGCCUUGCUCAUCAUCACGGGGAUGGUUUCUAUGGUUUUCUUCGUAAGAUUUGUUGUUCUAUCAAGAACUUGAAAGCUUGCCAUCGAAUUGCUUCUGAGAUACAUAAAAUAAAGUCCAGAGUCGAAAAUAUACAUCAAAGAUACCGUGAUAGAUUUAGUAUCUCAGAGCAUGGAUCAAGCUCCACCACUGUCAACAACAACGCAUGGUAUGAUCGUCGAGGUGAUGCACUUCUACUGGAAGAGGCUGAGCUUGUUGGCAUGGAUGGGCCCAAGAAACAGCUGAUUGGGUGGCUUCUGGAGGACAGUCCAAGACUCAAAGUCGUUUCGGUGGUGGGGAUGGGGGGUAUGGGAAAAACCACCCUAGUAAAGAAAGUCUAUGAUGAUAUGGAGGCGAAGAAUCGUUUCCAAUGUCAUGCUUGGAUCACUGUUUCUCAAUCAUUUGAUCUCAGAGAGCUUCUCAAAUACGUAAUUCGAAGACUCUUCGAUGAAGCCAAGCAAACGGCCCCUCAAAGUUUGGAAACCAUGGACAGCAAUGACUUGAAAGCACAAAUCAAAGAUUUCCUCCAACAGAGAAGGAUAACUGAUUCGGGGUAUUCCUGGAAGGUAGUUGGGAAGGAAAUUAUAUAGAGAGAGAAAUGGAGAUGAGUCCUUGCAAAGUUGUUGUUAAGAUCAUCACUAUCUAAUGUUUUGUUUUUAUUUUAUUUUUAUGGAUAACUGAUGUUGUUCUUCUUUUCCCCUUUUAAGUGAUUUAAGUUGUUGUAUAUUGUGUUACAUUAUACAAUUUAUUGUGUUUGGAGGAGCCCUUCAAGGAGUAGUACAAGCAACAGCAUUUCAUUUAUUGUGUUUUUGGAAAAUGCAAAGUUGUUGUUGAGAUCAUCACCUACUGUUCUGAGUUUAUAUUUAUUCAUUGUUAAUUUUUAUGUAA